AGAAGAGAAAGAAUAAGUCUGGGAAGGGGAGUCCCAGAAAUUUUUUUCCGGUGACAGUGUCGUCGGUUCUCUGACGCUCCCCCACUUUUUUUAUUUGUUCAAUCUUUCCUUGAAUGCCUUUACUCGUAUUCAGGAAACUUGCGGCGAUUUUACAAUAGGAAGAGCGAGGGAUUAUAAGAGAAGAAUUUGCAGGUACUAUAUAUGGAUUCAAGCCAUUCAAAAAAAUGAUUUGUUGGUCACAACGAACUGGACCAUCCAAGAGUUCCACAAUUAAUCUGAGAAACACUCCCAACAAAAGUUUGGCAUGAACUGUAUGGCCGUGGCUCUCGAUCCACUAACCGACCGGUUCACACAGUUUAGCCGAUCUUCACAAAGAUGCAGACUCCAAUCUCUAACCAACCUCGACUUCAACUUUCUCGAUUUCAACACUAAACCAACCAAUCUCACCGCUUCACACUCCUUCAACCACCGAAGCGUUUCCACUCCAUGCUUCUCCUAUCAAGAUGCCGGUUUCAAAUCCGCUCCUGCUCCUGCUCCACGAAUUGAGAUUCUCGGUGGUCGAGAAGUCCCUGCUAUACGCGCCCUUGUAGCUGAAGUUAACAUAGCUAUGGUCUCAGGAGCUAGGCCAUUGCUUUUACCAAGUGGCUUAGGAGGUGCUUAUCUUUUGCAAACCAGAAAAGGUCACAGUAUUGCUGUUGCCAAGCCAGUUGAUGAAGAGCCUUUAGCUUUCAACAAUCCUAAAGGACCUGGCGGUUUGAUGCUCGGACAACCCGGCAUGAAACGGUCUAUUCGGGUCGGUGAUUCCGGAAUCCGUGAAUUGGCUGCUUACCUCUUAGACCACCAUGGCUUUUCCAGCGUUCCGACAACGGCAUUGGUCAGAAUCUCGCACGUUCCUUUCCAUGUCAGUGAUGGUGAAGCGACCUAUAAAGUUGCCUCUUUGCAACGAUUUGUGGGUCAUGAUUUUGAUGCAGGAGAGCUUGGACCAGGAAGCUUCACGGUUGGUUCGGUCCAUAGGAUUGGGAUACUUGAUGUGAGAGUCAUGAACCUCGAUAGACAUGCUGGAAACAUGUUAGUGAAGAAGAUACAUGACCAAGAAGACCAGAGUUGUUAUAACGGAGUUGGAGCAGCCGAGCUCGUGCCUAUAGAUCAUGGUCUUUGCCUACCAGAAUGCUUCGACGAUCCUUAUUUCGAAUGGCUUAACUGGCCUCAAGCUUCGGUUCCAUUCACUGAGGCAGAGCUUGAGUAUAUAUCGAAUCUUGACCCUUUUAAAGACGCAGAGAUUUUAAGAACCGAAUUAUGCUCUAUACAGGAAUCUUCCAUACGAGUCCUCAUCGUCUGCACUAUAUUCUUGAAACAGGCAGCUGCUUCAGGGCUGUGUCUUGCAGAGAUUGGUGAGAAGAUGACUCGAGACAUCUGCAGAGGGGAAGAGAGUUCAAGUGUGUUGGAGAUUCUCUGCAACAAAGCAAAAGCAAGCGUGGUUGAUGGAACUUACGAAGAAGAAGAAGAAGAAGAAGACGAUGAUGGUUAUAGAAGUGAAUGGGAUGAAGUAGAAGCAGAGCUGGAGUGUUGUAUUUUUAACUUUGACGAUGAAUUUGAAGAUAUAGAAUGCAAAGAGCUUCCAGAGAUGAGUCAGGUCUCUAAAACGCCUUUGUUUCCAACAGCUAUAUCCUUGUCUGCGAAUCUAUCUGCUCUCAUGAUGUGUUCUUGGAUUGGUACUCAUGAUAAACCGACCAGAAAUGUAAACGACAUUAACAGAGAAGAAGACUGGAAAGAUAGGAGUAUUGUGAGGAGCAAGAGCCACCCUAUCUGUGUAAAUCAUGAUGAAAAAGAAGGUGUUUUUUUGGGAGACAUGAGUGCAGAUGAAUGGGAGAUGUUCCUGCAGAUUUUCCAGAUGCUUUUGCCAGAAGCACUUGAAGGCUCAACAUCCAAGGGACCAAAGCCAAGAUUUGGAUCUUCCUGCAAAUUCUAAGGAAACAAUAUUUAAAAAAAAAAAAAGAAAAGAGCAAACUAAAAGAGUGAUGAAAUCUCGAAAGGUUAAGAUUCAGAUGUUUAUUCAUAGAAAGAAAAUGGAAAAUAUGAGACGAGCAGACUAAAGCCGUCCAAUCCAAAUGACUUGCUAUGUUCUUCUUUCUCGUUUCUUUAUUGUACCAAUUCAUUACUGAAACAUUCAGUACCAUAUAUAUCUACAAGAGAAUGAUCAAUGUAACUGAUAAUAUGCACUUC